AUUGAGUAGUUUAAGACAAGCAGUCAAUAAAACAAAACAAAAUCCGAAGAUUCUGGAGAAAGUUAGAUAAUAUGGCUGCGAAACUUAUGCAAGCUCUUCAGUACAGUUCCUAUGGCGGAGGAGUGUCUGGAUUGAAGCAUGCUGAAGUUCCUGUACCAAUUCCAAAGACUAACGAAGUUUUACUCAAAUUGGAAGCAACUAGCAUCAACCCAAUUGAUUGGAAGAUUCAGAGUGGUGCUCUUCGUGCUAUCUUUUUGCCUCGAAAGUUUCCCCACAUACCUUGCACUGAUGUAGCUGGAGAGGUGGUAGAGGUUGGACCACAAGUCAAGGAUUUCAAAUCUGGCGACAAAGUUAUUGCUAAACUCACACAUCAAUAUGGAGGUGGACUAGCUGAGUUUGCCGUGGCUAGUGAGAGCUUAACAGCUACCAGACCACCUGAAGUCUCAGCUGCUGAAGCUGCGGGUUUACCUAUUGCCGGUUUAACAGCUCGUGAUGCCCUCACAGAAAUCGGAGGAAUUAAGCUUGAUGGGACUGGCGAGCAGAAGAAUGUUUUGGUAACUGCUGCUUCAGGUGGUGUAGGUUCAUUUGCUGUUCAACUUGCCAAACUAGGGAACAACCACGUGACAGCCACUUGUGGUGCUCGCAACAUUGACUUCGUUAAGAGCUUAGGCGCUGACGAGGUUCUUGACUACAAAACUCCGGAGGGAACAUCACUGAAGAGUCCAUCUGGUAAAAAAUAUGAUGCAGUAAUACAUUGCACCACUGGAAUACCGUGGUCAACUUUUGAUCCUAAUUUGAGUGAAAAAGGAGUUGUCGUGGAUUUAACACCUGGUCCUAGUUCAAUGUUGACUUUUGCACUGAAGAAACUUACUUUUUCGAAGAAGCGGUUGGUGCCAUUUGUUGUAACUGUUAAGCGUGAGGGCUUGGAACAUCUUGCUCAACUAGUGAAGGAUGGAAAACUCAAGACAAUUAUCGACUCUAAGUUUCCUUUGAGCAAAGCUGAAGAUGCUUGGGCUAAGAGCAUUGAUGGCCAUGCUACUGGAAAAAUCAUUAUUGAGCCAUAGGCUCAGUUUGCUUGGUGAUAUUGUAUUUAUAAUUUCUAUUUUUCUACACAACUUUUACGUGCGUUCAUGUAGAAAUUAAUAAUUUGUAAUAUACCAUAUGCUGUAAGGAUCUUAAAUUCAUAUAUGUCUUUAUUCUCUCUUACUGGUUUGUA